AUGGGCUUUUCUACUCAUGCGUCGGGCACCAAUGAUCCGCCUGAGGUGCGGAACUGGCGAAUCCACCUGAUUGCCACGGUGGCUAGCAUGUCCGCCCUCGCCAUCGGAUAUGAUACUUCUGUUAUUGGAGGAACCAUGGCAUUGACCUCUUUCAUGAGGGACUUUGGCCUUGACCUCGUCGAAAAGACACAGCGUGACACCAUCCAGGGAAACAUUGUAUCCACCUUCCAGGCUGGCUGUUUCUUCGGUGCGCUGUGCACCUUCCCCAUUGCUGAGAAAUGGGGUCGCAGGAAGACCAUCAUGGGCGCCGCCCUAGUCUUCCUGCUCGGCGGCGCUCUUAUGACCGCCGCCAACGGAAACCUGAACAUGAUCUACGCCGGAAGAGCCGUAGCUGGCCUUGGGCUCGGAGCCUCGUCCCUCACUGUCCCCGUGUACAUCAGUGAAACCGCUCCGCCGUCUAUCCGCGGUCGUCUUGUAGGUAUCUUUGAAAUCGCCUCGCAGGGCGGUGGUAUGCUUGGCUUUUGGAUCAACUAUGCUACUGACCGCACCAUCGACGUUGAGACUAAGACCCAGUGGAUUGUCCCGCUGGCUCUUCAACUUCUACCUGGUGUCGGACUUGCGCUGGGUAUGCUUUGGUGUCCCGAGUCGCCUCGUUGGCUUGCUCGUGGUGAUCGCUUCGAAGAAGCUGAGAAAAUCCUCGCCCAGAUUCGAGGUCUCCCUGCUGAAAACGAAUAUGUCCGUCGAGAGAUGGGUGAUAUUCGAGCGCAGGUUGAGGAGCGCAGUACCAACAAGAUGAGCAAGAAACAGCAGUUCCAGAAGCUAUUCCAAAAGGGCGUCCGCAAUCGUAUGGGUAUCGGCAUGGCUCUCAUGUUUCUGCAGAGCUUCACUGGUGUCAACAUCAUCACCUACUAUGCUCCCCGCAUUUUUGAGAGUCUCGGUAUCCCAGGUACGUCACUGAAGCUUUUUUCAACUGGUUUCUACGGUAUCUCCAAGACACUCGGCAUGUUCCUCUUCACCUUCUGGGUUGUUGAGAAGGUUGGUCGUCGCAAGGGCUUGAUCUGGGGUGCUGCACUCGGCUGCAUCCCUAUGCUGUAUAUCGGCGGGUACGUGAUGGAGGCAGAUCCGGCUGCGGCCGCUGCAGCAGGAGUUGUGAAACGCGACGGAUGGGGUUACCUGGCUAUUGUAUGUGUGUACAUCAACGCCAUCAUCAUCUGCGCGACGUGGCAGGGUAUCACCUGGACAUACGCAUCUGAGAUCUUCCCUCUCGAUAUCCGUAUGCUGUGUGUGGCUAUCACCACUGCCGACACAUGGUUGGGAUCAUUCAUCAUUGCACGAUCUACGCCAUAUAUGAUUUCUGACCUGGGAUACGGCGCCUAUUUCUUCUUUGGCUCGAUUCUUGUGCUAAUGGGUGUCUGGUCUACGUUCUUUGUACCCGAGACCAAAGGAGUUACCCUCGAAGAUAUGGACGCGUUGUUCGCCAAGCCCGUUUACAAGACUGUCUGGGCACAGAUGCGAGGCAGGCCUGUUCUGGAAGAAACUCGCUCUGAUUCUCCGUUUGACGACGAUGAGAAGGCUCAUGAGAUGAGAAUACCUUAG